CUCCCCUUCUCGUGGAGGAGAUGAGCGAGGAGAUGAAGCACCUGACGCACCUACGGCGGCAUCACCUGCACCUGCUGACCACCCCCAGAGUGACCAGCUGGACUCUGCACGGUGUGGCGGACCAGCGACUAGGCCUCGAUUUUCUGGCGGCCCGAAGCAAGUGCCUGAAGCACCUCAACCUGUCGUACCUGCGGCACAUCAACCCACACGUGCUGUGCAACCUCAUUCCCUCCUUCUCGACGCUCAUCACACUCAACCUCCGCAUGACGCUCGCCGUCGACCCGCUGCUGGCGCAGGUCGGGCGGCACUGCCCGUCGCUGCGCGAGCUGAACCUGGCGGGCACGCCCGUCACGGACCGCGGCCUGGUGCAGCUGUGCAUCUCCACGGAGGGGCGGCGCCAGUGCCAGCGGCUCUGCAAGCUGUCCAUCAGCGAGACCUGCGUCUCCGUGUCAGGGGCGGCCGUCGUGCUACAGUCGCUGCCCUGCCUCACCGACUUUGACUUCGACAACAUCUUCGAGGCCGUGGACAUGGUGGACCAGUGGGACCGCGCCCUCGAGGCUCGCCUGCUCACGCCGGCCGGGGUGCGGCUGUCCGAACAGCCCGUCGCUCCGCCGGACGUGCUCCAGCUGCGCGCCCUCACCUCCAGCGUCGAGUUCGUCAGCCUCGACUUCAUCGACUCGGCAGUUAAAAUGUGCCCCUUCGCCGCGUCCAUCAGCAUCGGCAACUCCUGGUUGCCCAACGAGGCCUUGUACAAGUUCAUGGUGCUGGAGAACCUGACGGCCCUGUCACUCAGCAACGGCGAGGGGCUCAGCCUAGACUUCCAGGAGGGCGUGCUCCCCCUGCUGUCCGCCUGCGGCGAGCGCCUCCAGAACCUCAUCCUCACCAACUUCACCGAGGUGGACCUGGCGGGCAUCGGGCGCACGUGCCCGCGCCUGCUCAACUUGGCCCUGUCCGCCGUGGGGCAUUACGAGCCGCUCAACUCCGUCAACCCCUCGUGGUUCUCGCUCCUGCAGGCGCUCGAAGUGUGGGCCGACACCUCCCAGGCGCACGGCGCGCACGGCCAGGGCCACGAGCAGCUGCCCAGCGCACUCCACCUUCGACAGCUGCUCGUAUCAGCGAGCCUAAAGAACGUCCUAUUCACGGCCUGCUCCGCCCUCACCGACCAGCUGUUCCAUGAAAUCUGGCUGAGCAAUCCAAUGAAGAGUCUCUCACACCUCACCCUGGACCACUGUCAUGGAGUGAGCCCUCAGCUGGUGCAUCAGGUCCUGGACGCAGACAAUGAGCUCACAAUGCUCAGAAUCUGGAGCUGCUGCCAGAUUAAUAAAACCCACAAUGGAGAAUUUGUCACAAGAAUAUGUGAGGAAAACAUGAAUGUGUACCUUGAAUGGUUUGCUUGCAAUGACUGAUUACAUUUACAGAAAUUAAAUGUGAUGUUGCCUUUUUAAAAAAAUAAAGUAAAAAAUAAGUA